UUCUCUGGCUUUCUUGAGUUGAAAAUGAAGAAUGAGUAGUGGGUAAUGGUUGAAAUGGCAGUCAAACUCUUAGUUUUUCUCUCUCUCUUUGUUUCUUACUGUUCAGCCUGAAGUGUUUAAUAUAUAUAUAGUUGCUUGCCUGUCUCUCAUCUGUUCUCCACCACCCACAGUUGCUCUGUUUCCUUCGUUUCUGUCGACUUAUCGGUCGUCUUCUCGAUCUACUUCAGUAGGAAACUGCUGUCUGAGAGCUUAGCGGUUGGACUACGAGACGUGGAGGAGCGAAAAACAGCGACCGGAGGAGGAGAAUGGGAAGAAUGUUGAUGAAUUGAAAGGAAGUUUGGAGGGGAGUGGGAGAGGGGAAAAUAUGCCAACAGUUUGGUUUUCUUUGAAAAAGUCGUUCCCUUGCAAACCAGAGCCAUCAGAAGUCUAUGAUCCGAAGUGCAGGAAACAACUCAACUCAAUCACAACUAAGAAACCAGCCAAGAAGUCAGGCUGUUCUUCUGGGAGGUCUGGCUGUUCAAGGUCCAUAGCAAAUCUCAAAGAUGUCAUCCAUGGAAGCAAGAGGCACAUGGAGAAGCCGCCAAUUUGCAGCCCGAGGUCGAUCGGUAGCAGCGAGUUCCUCAACCCGAUUGCCCACGAAGUCAUAUUGAGCAACUCAAAGUGUGAGCUCAAGAUCACUGGCUUUGGAGGUUUCCAUCAAGAGGGUGUGGGAAAUGGUGGCUUUGGUGGAGGUGGCGGCGGGAAUUCACCAAUUUUCGGUACUCUAAGGCCGGGAACUCCCGGUCCAGGGGAGAACUUCACUAACAACUCCAAUUCUCCUCUUAGUACUACUUCCAUAAUAGCUGCAAGAAAGCUACCUUCUCUUUCAUCAUAUAGAGAUGAGUCUGCAGCUGGGAGUACUGCUAAAUCUAAGGGGGGUGUGGAAGUUCAUACAAGCAGAAGGUUCGCCCCGCUAACCGAAUCUAACGGUAAUACGUUAUCGGCGGUUACUUGCCAUAAAUGUGGAGAACAGUUCUGCAAAUUGGAUGCUGCUGAGUCUCACCAUCUCUCCAAGCAUGCUGUUACUGAGCUCAUGGAAGGAGAUUCAUCAAGGAAAAUCGUUGAAAUAAUAUGUCGAACGAACUGGUUGAAGUCCGAGAACAAUGGAAAUCGGAUUGAAAGAGUCUUCAAAGUUCACAACAUGCAGAAAACACUAGCUGGAUUCGAAGAAUACAGGGAAAUGGUGAAGAUCAAGGCCAGCAAGCUUUCGAAGAAACACCCUCGGUGCCUCGCCGAUGGGAACGAGCUACUGAGGUUUUUUGGGGCGACUUUGGCCUGCUCUCUUGGACAAAAUGGCUCCCCCAGCCUCUGCAUAUCACAGAAAUGCAGUGUUUGCAGAAUCAUAAGGAGUGGUUUCUCAGCAAAGAAGGACAUGAAAGAAGAAAUAGGAGUUUUCACGACUUCGACGAGUGGAAAAGCCUUAGAAACCAUCGUAACGACAGAGGAGAGCUCGACAAAGAAGGCAUUGAUAAUCUGCAGAGUGAUUGCAGGGAGGGUUCAUAGGCCAUUAGAGAACAUACAAGAAAUGAUUGGCCAGACAGGGUUUGAUUCUUUGGCUGGCAAAGUGGGAUUACAUUCCAACAUUGAAGAGCUUUAUUUGCUGAAUCCUAGAGCAUUGCUUCCUUGCUUUGUUGUAAUCUGCAAACCAUGAAGAUAAAAGAAAGAGAAAAAGAAAACUUGUUUUUCUCUGUCAUUUUAUAACCAUUCUUCAAGCUAAUUAAAAUUUUGUGGUGUUUUUCA